AGUUUUCCGUCGACCAUCGGCCGAGUCAGUCGCUUCUGAGGGUAAGAGAGGUUCGCAAGUGCGUCACCAAUUGGGUGUUUGUCAAGUGCAUCCGAUGCAUCCCAUCCCAGGUGCCUCAGGUGCUACAGAAAGCAAGUGAGACAUUGUGCCAAAAGUAAACUCCAUAGAAGCCAUAAUUUCUUCCUGAAAAAAAAACCAAGAAAACAUAGAAUCAAAGUGUCAAAGAAAAAAUUGAGGGUGAACUCCAGUAGGCAGAGAAACACAAAAAAAAAGAAGAGAGAAAAUGCAGUGACGAAAAUAGCAGUGCAUUUGUGGGGAGUUAAAAAUUGCGCGCGUGAGAAGGAAGUUGAGGAAUUUUUGAGGGAAAAGCCGAGAGAGAGAGAUAGCAAGAGGUGGAAAAAUUGUGUGUGAGUUUUUGCCAUUUCAUUCAUGGACCAUUCAGUUGGUGGAUGUGUGAGUGAGAGAGGUAUAUAUUGUUUUGCAUUGGAGAUAAUCAACAUCAUUUGCUGACGUCAUGGGUCGCAGGAAAGGAGUUUCAGCCAAGGCAGCAGCAUCAAAAAAUAGCAAGAAAAUCGCAGAGAGUGUAGGUGUUAUCGCAAAUGAUGAUGGAAAAUUGAAAGAUGAUCCUGGUGGCAGAUUACCGCGAAUGAUGGAAGGCGUGAAAACGCUUCCAUCGCAAUCAAUUGAAAAUUCGACAAAACAGCCAUCAGGUCAGAGUGAAGAAUGUUCAGAAAAGGUGAGAAAUAGCAUAAACAACAACAAUUCACCGUCGAGUGGUAUUAGUAAAAUAGCAACGAGCACGACAAAUUCAUCAGAUCUCAAGUACCUGCAUAAGAAAUUCAAGCGAAUUGCGAGUGCAACAGUCGAUGAAAGUGGGUCAGGAAAGGCCAUCGGGAGCAGUGAUAGUGGUAAUAGAGUGAUAAGGGAUGAUAUUGAAGUGGAUGGUGGGAAAAAGAAGGGAAUAAUUGUGAAUGGUGUUGAGGAUAGCAAAUUAGUGAACAAUUCCUCAGCUUCCACAGAUAUUUUGAUUCAGCGUCAGGAAGUUCUACCCAAUAAAAUUCCCAUAGUGCAGAUUCAGCCGCAGGUUCAGGCGAAUUCAGUGAGCUUCCAGCAAUCUGCCCCAAGUGGUCAGUGCCCAGAUCCAAAUCCACCGAGCUCAGGACGAAAUGUGUGCCAAUAUUGCAAUCUGAACUGUACAAAGCCAUCAGUGCUGCAGAAACAUAUCCGAUCGCAUACGAAUGAACGUCCAUAUCCGUGUACACCCUGUGGGUUUGCCUUCAAAACUAAAAGUAAUUUGUACAAACACUGCCGCUCCAGGGCACACACCCUGCGUCUUCAGGGCGGGGAUGCACCCCAUCCCGAUGACGAAUUAGGAUUCACCUCAGAUCAGGACCAAGAGAAUGAUCUCAGUAGCAAUGCCAGCGGAUCAGACGUGGUGAGUCGAACAGCAUCGCCAAUGGAUGAGAGAGUGGUGUCGCCGUAUCAAAUGCCUGAGAAACCGUACAAACCUAAGUUUCACAAUGCAGCUGCCUUCUAUACCAAAGAAGAAUCCUCUGAAUCUUCGACUGGAGGGCAGUGCCAAGUGGACAGUCAAGUGCCACCGAAUCCAGCAAGGAUCCAUCCACCUACAGUGCCAUCUACCCAUCAAACACAUCAAUUGGCUAGUCAGCAAGACCUAGAGCAGCACAUUUCCAAGAUAAUCUCAGAUAAUGAGGCUAUAAUGGAAGAUGUGGAGCCUCCGCUACAGAAAAAGUACCACAAAAUCACAGGAAUCACAAGAGGAUUGUCCCAGGAGGCUCUAAUGCCCAAAGUUCCGCCUCCAGGUGUACCUUUGAAGGUUCACCGGGAUGAGGGACAUUCUGGGGCUGUUUUGGGCAAGGUAUCAGUUCAGAAUACACAAAUGAGUCAACCUGGGGGAAGUUCUCAGGUAUCUGGGCAACCUGCCCAGCCGCUCAAUCUCAUCAAAAUUCCCCCAGCUGUCAGUGAAAGUAGCGAACUGAGAAAGAGGUGCUACAGUGAGAGUUUUGGCGGGACUGAUCUCACAGCAGUGGCCAAUCAUCCGCAGAAUCCCGAGAGGUCUAUCAUCAAGGGACUUCUGCUGGACUGGAAGAGUGUUACGGGCGGGGAUGGGGAUGAUGCUGUGCAUACGUGUCAGUUGUGCAAGAUUAGCUUCAGAAGUGCGGAAAAUCUCAAGUAUCACUCAAUAUGCUACUGUCAGGGCAAUCAUAGUGCCCCAAUAAGUCCCGUUGGGAGUCCCUCGCACAAAUAUUCUCGAAGUAACUCCAUCCAUGUCAAUCUGCCGGAGAAGUACAAUCCGAAUUCACUGAAGAAUCUGGCCAAAUGUACUCUCAGGCAGCCUCCGAGAACUCCGUCGAGUUUGUCGAAGUUGGCUCAGUCACAGCUGAAGCUACCGAAGCCCAAACCGGAGAAAAUUGUUCUGCCACAGUCGAAUCUUGUGGCCAGUACGAGUCAGGUAAGGUGUUCGGGGGCAGCUUGUGAGAUUCAGGCGCCUCUGCCAUCUCCUGGACCAUUGUUGGGAAAGACAAGGUUAGUGGAUGACAAGAGGACAGUUCAGGGAAGUGAUGAAGUGGUCAUAACUCAUGUCAAUCAUGAUCCUAAGCAAAUCAAACGUCCUCCGGAACCCUUUGGGGGUGAUCAGAAGGGUGGAGAGAAGGUUCCGGGAGAAAAGAGAAUUCGCCUGGAAUACAAUAAUUCGCCGUUUGGGAAUGGGAAGAGUCCAGCGUUGACGCUGGUUGGACUGGAGUACCUGAGGGCUAAGGGGGCAAUGAUGGCAGCUCCGAGUGAUCCUCAAUCCAGUCAGAAUCGCGAAAUGUACGGUGGGGAAUUGGAAAUGGUGAACAAGUUCGAUGGGAAGGGGACAAAGUACGAGGAUGAUGGGAUCAGGAGGGAUUCCUCCGGAGGAAGUAUCAUUUCUGAGUCUCCGGUGUCGGAUUCUGAACAAAAUAUCUCCAUUAGGACACCGGGACUGUAUUCAGGCGGGAAGGUGGAGAAGAUGUCAUCAACGAGGGAUUCUCCACCAAUAAAUCCACUAACUCCGAGUCUCCUGGUCGCAUCGACACUCUGUACGCCAAGUCUUAUAUCAUCCGGGAAGACUGGAAUUACACAUUUUCAAUUUCCACCAAUUAAUCCCAUCACUGCCUACAAUCCCCUGACACUUCCCCCCGUUGUCUCAGGACCAGAACAUGCCACAACGAUUCUGCACGGUGGGAAGCUGAUUCCCUUUGUUCCCGGCAUUCCCGGACCAAAUUCAUCCACUCCCACGAAAGUGGACAUCAAAAGAACUCCAAGUCCAAUUGUCAAGAAACCUCCCGGAAUUCUCUUGCAAAUGUCCAACAAUGUGAAGAAAGUCUCUGAUCCUCCUCUGUUCAAUGGUCAGCAACUGACUCUGAGUAUUCCUAGCAUAAAAAUUGAGGCAAUUGAGGAGAAAAAUCGUGCCAGGGAGCAGCAGAGGCUGAAAAUUCUCACGAAAGUUAAACAGCCGGAACAGGCGAAGAAGAGCUUCAUUUUCACCCGGAUUGCUGACAAUCUGAGUCCCAGGAAGUCAGAAAUCCCCUCAGAGGAUUCCACCCAUUUCCCCUUUGAGAAUAUCCCAAAAUCCGAGGUGAAACUCCCCAUUCAACCCAUGUCCGUGGAGAUUCCGGCAGAAAGUGAGGUUAAGGAGAAUGAAGUGCUCGAAAAACCAACAAAAUUCCUCCGACCAACGAGUUUGCCACUCAAACCGGGCACAUUUAUACCUAAGAGGCAUCAUGGAAUCACACCCACCACAAAUACCCUCCCCCUGAUCUCUCCGGAAACUCCCAGACCGUCAAAAACUUGCAUUCAGAUGUACAUCAAUGGUCAAGCUUACACUUACCUGGGCCUGAAGUGCAGUACCAAACCAUUCUACUGCACAGUCAACAAGACUCAGCCCAUCUACCUCCCACAUCACAUUCGCACCAUCUCCAUGUACAGUCAGUGGCAGGUUUGUGCAGAGAGCAAUCCGCAUCCGCUGGGACUCAAACCGGAUGCAGUUAUAUCACUCUAUGACUCCCGCCAUCGACCCAUGAACUUCACAGUGGCUCAGAGCACGAAGGAGUUCAAGGAGACCAAGUCCAUUCAAUCUCAGGGCACCAUUUGUACGCCCUUCGUGAUCACGCACAAAGACCAGACGCAGCAUCACCAUCAUAAGCAACUUCCGGUGGUGCUGGAGAAGAAGCCGGACCGGAAUGAGAAGGAGCCAGCUGGACAGAAGACCGAAGCAGGAGGCGUGGUGAACUCAACAGUUCCGGGAGGGUAUGAGAGCACUGAGGACUAUGAAUAUGUGAAAGGGAGGGGAUUCGGGAGGUAUGUUUGUCACACUUGUGGCAUCAGAUGCCGGAAACCCUCCAUGCUGAAGAAGCACAUCCGCACUCACACUAACAUCCGCCCCUACACCUGCCAGUAUUGCGCUUUUAGCUUCAAGACCAAGGGCAACCUGACGAAGCACAUGAAGUCCAAGUCACAUGCCAAGAAGUGUGAAGAAUUAGGAAUAAUUCCAAUUCCUAUGACAGUGUCCGAUGAGGUGCUCGAGAUGGAUUCCAAUAAGGAGAGACAAGUCACUGUUCCUGGUGAUUCAGAUUCCGAUGAUGAAUCAGACGGCGAUGAGCCAGACUCCGAGCUCAGUGACGCAGAUGACUCGAAAUCUCGCCUUCAGGAGCAUGAGGCUGCCAAGUGUCUUCUGUCCCUGGCCAUGACUGUGGGUGCUUCUGAGUCUUCAGUUGAGUCCACUUCCCUCAAAUCCCCGCAACAUCCAGCCCAGGCGUCGUCAGAAACGCAGCAAACAGCUCAACGACGAGUGAUCACAUUCAAUUCCCCACCGGCUAUUUUUGACUUUCCGCGCCUGGAGCAGUACUACGCCAAUCCCAAUAUCCACAAAGUGCCAGCAGCUGGAAGUAGUCAGGUGAGUGCCUUUGAGUACGAUGAUACUGGGAAUGUUCCCAUGGAUCUCACAAAACCGCGAGAAAUUGCGGCAUCGAAAGUGGCUGAUGUUGUGACAACGAUGGAACCAGCGAGUCUUCUGAUCUCUCUGGUGUCCAUAACGGACAAGAUUCCGGCCAGUUCAGUGGCUGGGGGAGGGACAUCUGGGGAGAUUGAUGAGAGUAAACUGUUGCAGGAGUAUUUGACUGAGAGGGCACUUCAGGGAUCCAAGAUGAAGCAGUGUCAGAAGAAUGAGGUUAUGAGCAAUGGGAAUGUGGCUUUUGUGACAUCAUCGGCCGGAAGUAGCCCUGGGAAGGAGGGAAAGAGUGAGGCAGGUGGCGAGAAGGCAACAAGUAUGGAAACUUUGGCAGAAAUUGCUGCAAGUUCCAAGAAAAUUGACGUAGGGAAGGGUUUGGGCUUUCCUGUGAGAUCUUCCAAUGAUGUGGCUAAGAAUGUGGCAUCGGAAUACCUCAAGAUGGCCUCAAAGACCAAAAUGCUCUUUCCCAAGGGUGAUGAGGGCUUUGAGAGUGGAGCUGAGGUGCCGGAAGCACCAGUUCCUGAAGUUCCAGCACUUCCUGUCAAUCCGGGAAAGAUUGCAGGGAUUCUGGCGAGAACGGUUGUUGUGGGUGAGAAUGGGAGGGUAACACCAGAAUUUCCGGCUGGAUCUUACUCACCGGGAAGGAGAUUGACGAGAAUUCAUGAAGAUGGAAGGUCAGUUUGUGAGAUCUGUUCGAAAACUUUCCAGAAACCCUCACAGCUUCAUCUGCACUUCAAUAUUCACUUCCUGGAGCGGAAAUACAGGUGUGAGCCAUGUGCUGUCAGCUUCCGGACUCAGGGGCACCUGAGGAAGCAUGAAAGGAGCGAUGGGCAUAACAAUAAAGUCUCCCGGACGUCAACUUUUGGCGUUCCAACAACAACAAAUCCACGUCCGUUCAAAUGCAGCGAUUGCAAAGUCGCUUUCCGGAUACACGGGCAUCUGGCCAAGCAUCUGAGAUCAAAGAUGCAUGUCCUAAGGCUCGAAUGCCAUGGAAAACUGCCCUUUGGGACUUAUGCAGAGAUUGAGAGGGCAGGAAUGAGUCUAACUGAAAUUGACACAACAGACUGUGAGAAUUCCCUGGCCAGUUUGAAGUCCCUGGCACAGAAGCUGCAUGAGAGUGAUCCCAGCAAAUUGUCUCAGUGGAAUGCACCCAAUAGCAGGAGUGUGGGUAGUGGAGGAGAGGCAGGAGACUCAGAUACAGAUGAGGGGGACGAAGGGAGUCCGGAUGACUCACUGAGUGGCAAUGAAAACUCCACACUGCCGGGGAAUACCAUUGAGAGCGGGGAGGGAUUGAAGAGGAAGGCACCAGAUGAAUUGGAGGCUCAGGUUGGAGCUCCGGAUCCGAUGCCAUCGUUACCAGAGAAAAGACUUAAGAGUGCAUCAUUUGACACGUAGUGCCAAAUUUAUUUUUUUUAAGAAAAAGUCCUCAAGGAGAAAAAGGGUGAACAGUGAGUAAAAUGAAAGUAGAGACAUUUUUAUUUAUUGCAGAAAAAAAUUAUAGGGUAAAUUAAGCUAAUUCAAAACCUGCUCUAAAUGGAGAUUUUUCACUACUCUAAAUGGAAACGUCAUUGUUUUCAUGAUAAAUACAGUACUAAAUUAUUAUAUUUAGGGUAAGUGUGCCAAAUUUCGGCAUAAUUGCAAGCAAGCGUCAAAGUCUCAAGUUUGAAAUGUUAUAUUUUAAAUACAAAUUGAUUUUUUUAUUCUUUCUUCUGAAAGAGUGUUGCUUGGCACCUUGUAAAGAGUUUACCGUCUUUGGAAAUCUCCUUGGGUCAAUGUUUAUGUCAAAAUUAGGAUAUUCCUGAACACAACCUUCAAACUCCGAAUGUUAUUAACCUCAAAAAUUCUUCUAAUCUUUAUCUUUGAUAUUUUAGAAAUUUUGUCUACUUGAAAGACAAAAUGAAUGAUCGCCAAAGAAAUGUAAAAUUGAUAGAACUGUUUAGUUCAGUAAUUUUCUUUGAAAAAAUCUUUUUGUAUUUUUGAGGUUAUGCUUGACAUAACCUAAAAGUACUCGAACCUAUUGGACAAAAGACAGGGAGAAAAAAGUUCGUUGAGAGUCGUUUGUUCGCAGGAUUUGUUUAACUGAAUCAAAAGCCCUUCUGCACGAAAAAUUGAUGAUAAGUAGGGUAAAUUAAGCUAAUUCAAAAUCUGCUCUAAAUGGAGAUUUUUCGCUACUCUAAAUGGAAACGUCAUUGUUUUCAUGAUAAAUACAGUACUAAAUUAUUAUAUUUAUAUUUUUUUUUUACCACAGUUUCAUUAUUUAGUUAAUUUUGCUCCAAAUAACGCGAUAAUCCAUUCAUAUUCACAAAUUUUAAUUUGUUAAUUUCUCAGAAAAAUUAAAAGUGUACCCUUUUAUCAUUGAAUUUUUAAUAGAUCGAUCAUGUUUUCCAAUGAAAAACACAAUAAAUUGGCUGUUGUUUAUUCGUUUUGUUUAACAUUUAUGUCAUUUCUGGCUAAUUUUAGUUAAAUUAAGUGCUAAUCUUUAUUGCUAACGGUACGUGAAGUUUUCAAAUGAAAUAAUUACCUAUUUCGUGAACAAAAAGGGUUUUCCUGAAGUGUCUGCAAAUGCUUCAAUAGGAAACCCCGGAAAUAUGAGUUUUUUUGGAGAGAUUUUUUUAUUGUUUUAGAUGGGAAAGGAGAAAAGACAAGGAAUAAAAACAAAUCCUGCACUAAAGAGCAACUCAACGAGUUUUGGAAGCCUUUCGUCGCGGUUUCACUUAUACACUGCACAGUAAAAAAAAUGUGUAAAAUUUUACUACUAUAAUAGUGCAAAAUCGACGAUUUUUGUUGUUUAAUUUAGAAAUGUUUAAAAAAUGCACAACAUUUUGGUAAUUUAUUGUCACGUGAUUGAAAAUUACCACUAUUAUAGUUGAAAAAUUUUCAACAACGUUGUUUAAUUUGAAAAUGUGUAAAAUUUUAACACUAUAAUAGUGUGAAACCGGAUAAAUUAAUUAUUUAAUUGCGAUGUGUGUAAAAUUUCUCAUUGUUAUAAUCAUAAAAAUUUUUCAACAAUGUUUCGUGUAUUUAUUGUCACAUGAUCAAAAAUUAACACUAUUGUAGUUUGAUCAUAAUUUUUAACACUAUUCUAGUGUGAAGCCUUGUGUAUUUCAACCAAAUUUGUUGAAUUUUUAAACGAAAGUUGUGUAAAAAUUGUUGAAUUUCCAAUUAAGACUUAUACUUCAGUUGAGAUGCUUUUUAUUUGGCAAAAGUCAUAUAGAACAUUAAAUAUUUAUAUGCAUAAUAAGUAUAUCGUGGAGAUCCGAGCAUCAAAUGUAAUCAUUUCGCAUUAGGGGGGGGGGGGGAUCCCGAGUACAGGAAAAACCAAUAAAAAUGUGUUAAAAGUCAAAAAAAUCAAAAUCUUCGAAAUGAAAAGAAAAUUCGACAAUAAACAGAAUUCAACAAUUUUUGAGUUUACACAUAAAAAUUCAACAAUUCCAAAUUCAACAUCUUGAAUCAAAAAUUCAACAUCUUUAAAUUAAACAAUUUUAAAUUAAACACUUUAACCACUAAGUGGUUUUUAAAUAAAUUGAAAUUGAAAAAUUUCUGGAGAAAAGAACUUUUGUGAAAUUCUAAAAUAGAUAGUGGUUUCGUAUUCAAAGAAUCCAAAUCAUUUAGGAAAUACUUAGCAAUGCAUCAAUUUUGAAAAAUAAGUAGGUAAAAAUUGAUAUCUGUUGUAAGGAAAAUAAUUCAAAAAUAGAGCUAAAAAUUUCAAUAUUUUUUUAAUUUUCUGAAUCCCUUGUUCGAAUUCUAAGAAACUUACGACUUUGAUGAAGGUCUAUGGAGGUCAUCUAUGGAAAAAAUUUCAAGCCGCUAUCUCUUUUAUCUUGGAAGAUAUUGAAUUUUAAAAUUUUCAAUUUGUGACUUUUUACCCCAGUCUCCCCAACUUUUUGGCCAGAGUUCUUGAAUAAAUCAGAAAAGUAGCAAAAUGAUUUCAAAUUUUCCGCGUUGCAACAUACUAUACAUUCAGGAGUAUUUCAAAAAUGAUUUCAUAAACUGACUCCCAAUUAUAGGCAAACUUGCAUAAUUCCGUCAGGUGCAUAAUCCCGAAGGAUUUAAUGCCCGGGACUGAGUGUAGUUCCCUCGAAAUGAGUUACUCCUUGAUGGUUACAACGGUUACAACUAAGAUCUAUUUUGCUGUUAUGCUUCUCCGAAACGGUAUUGUAAAAUCGUAUUUAUGACACAUUGAAACUGUCAAAAAUUAAACUUUAGUUAGAACUAACUUUUGAAAGGGCGUGGCCUAUUUUUUCGUGAAGUUUAAUUAAAAAAGUCCAUUACUUUACUACAAAAAAAUUUGUCCAGAGAAAUUAAGAGAAAUUUUAUCAAGUUUUUUUUUGUGUGAUUCUCAUCAAAAUCAAAUCAUAUUUAAUUUAAGAAGUUACUGUUAAAAAUGUCUCUGAACUUUCAUUCCUCACUGUAAUCCUCUGUUCCUUAUACUGUAAGAGAUGUGUUUAAUUAAGGAAAAGAAGAGAAAUGCACUGUGAGACAAUGUUAUUUCUUUGCCUCCUUUCUUUGUUCAAACUCGUGAUAGUAAUUUUUAUUUUGUUUGUAUUUUUCUUCUUUAUGUUUUUAUUUUUGCAAAACUCACAAAUUCUUUUUCCGCGCAAAAUUUUCCCUGCUGAAAACAUUUUUUUUUUUAGAUUCUAAGCUUUUUUUUUGUACAAGAAGUUUCUGUGGCUACAAAUAAAACUGGGAAAAUUUGCUAGAAUUUGAAAUGUGCUUUGGUAUUUGAUAGCUUUAAAGAAAAUUUAGGAAAAGUGUCCCUUGCAUUAUAUAUUUUUUUUCAAUUAUUUCCAAUUGAAAUGAUUUAUUUUGUCCUAUUUUUAUGUUGCUCCAUUUUCUCAUUCUACCCCAAAAUUUUUUUUUAUUAUUAUUUUAUAUUUUACUUUAUAGUGCAAACUGGUGCAAUCAGAACGAAUAUAAAAGUGUAUUGAACGAAAAAGAAUAAACUUGCGAAAAAUUCUCCAUAAAGAAAAAAGAACGUAGUUAGAAUGUUGACUAAAAAAAAAGCGAAAAAAUAUCAAUUAAGACAUAUUCAUGUGAAAGAAAAAUAAAGAAGCCACAGAGGAAAUUUUUUGAGAAAAUAUUUCUACUCUAUUGAAUAUUUAAAUUAAAUUGUAGUCUGUAUUUUUAUAUAUUACUAUAGAAAUAUAGAAAGAGAAAAAGAAAAUAUGAAGAAAAUAUUGUAGGAAUAAAACGAUUAAAAAUAUUAAAAUGAAGAAAAAUGUAAAAGAUAUUCUUACCUAUAUGUAUACAAGUUACAUUUAUAAGAAAAUUAUAUGCCAUUAUGCAUAUCAUUAUUAUUUUAUUUCGUAAAGUCUUCCAUUAAAUGAUUUUUUUCCAAAAACAAAAA